AUGUAUUCAAUACCCGACGAUAACGACUUCGAUGUGGCCGCUACUGAUAUUAGCGAUCGGGUGAUUGUGAUUCGCGACCGAAAGGUAGUAUUGACCAUUGAAAAAUGGCUGUCCAGGCUGACCACGGACGAGAACCGCGGUCACAACGAACUCGAUUACUUGAAGCUCUUGCAGAACAUGAUGGCUAACAAGCGAAUCGGCCCGCCUUUUCACCAGAAUCCACCUGCAGGACCGUUGUUGCCACUGGGUAAUUAUCUAUUGCAUUCGCAGCAAUCGGUGUGUGAGGGACCGCCAGCUUGGUGCAGAAACCGGGCCAAAUGUUGUAGACUCAUAAGCAAAAACAACGGUAUAAUUGAGUCACAGCCGACGCAGCAAGUAGACAGCGAGGAUAACGAUGAUGAGGACGAUGAGGAACAGAUCGCUCAAGACAUGAAUUGCAAAAUUAUCAGAAAAAGUAACAAAAAUGACUUUGAAAAUGUAAACCGCGGUUGUGGUGCGGUGCUGUCUACGAACGACGAAAAUAAAAGCUAUUGUAAAAGCGAAAUCGCCGUCACUGAUGAAAACAGUAAGUUCAGUGCAAACGACAACGGGGAAGUACAACUAAAGCACACUGAACGCGACGGACUGCACUUGGCCGGUGGUGGUGGAGCUGAAUGUGGUCCGUGCUCCGGGGGAGCCCGGGCUUCUAAAAAAAAAAUUGAGCCAGGAAAAGUCUGUGACCCGUGUUUGGACUCCAUGGGACGGCAUUUAAAACCACCGCAACCGAGUCCCCUAGACGUGGCAUAUCGGGAAUUGUUGGGCGAUUGCGCAUUACCCGUGCUUACAGAAGCCGAACAAAAAUCUGUGAACCCUGGACUGUUAUCAGUAUUGAAAUCCGUCAACGACCAAAUCACGUUGCAAGACUUUUACUUCCAGGUAAAUACUUCACCAUUUAUGUUUUCGCAGUUUCUUGGGUCUUAUUCGGGAAAUUGAAAAAAAAAAGGAACGACGAAAAUGGAAGUUAGAUAAUUGAUAAUGUUAAAGGGGUUAAGUUUAGAAGUGACAUGUAAGGCAGAAGAAAUAAAAGAGAUUAAAUAAAGAUGGUAAAAUAUGAUCUAUGAUGGACAUAAAAUACGAACAUCCAAAUUAUCCGGAUGUUCAAAUUCGGAUUGAAAGUUCCUACUGAUCAUAUAUGAUACCUACUUGUAGGAUAAACUUAUAGUGUAAACAACAUAAAAUGCAGUCUAUGCAAACAUUUUAAUUGAGAUAAAAAAAAACUAAAAUAAAUAUGUGUUGAAUUUCCUAAUUGCAGUAAUUUUACAAUUUAUAAUCAUAUACGUGUUACAAAAUUGGCAAACAAUUUUGUAAUUAAGGAGCAUACUUUGAUUUUCAAGAGCAGCGCCAUUUAAGGGAUGUCAUUUUAUUUAAAGUAAUAAUAUUUUAUUUGACAAUGCAGGUAUCGCAAUUCACGUGUGAUCAGGCGUCGUUGCUGAUAAGGGUAUCAGAUAGUAUGAUGGACGAUUUUAGAACAUUCACAUCAGAUGUGUUCGAAAGUAGGACGGAACAUAUUAGCGACGGUCUGAUCAAGGAACAGACUGCGCUGAACGUUAAAUACACGUACUUAACACAUCGGGCGUUCAACCGGGCAACGAUAGCGUUAGACUUUCUGCGUGAGGCCCUACCGUUGUUCUGCUUUUCCAAAUACAAAACUGAUCCGGAAGCAUACAUGAAGCGUAAAAUACUUACGGCGGUCCCAAAUGUCGACGCACAAAAAGAGGGUGACGGAGGUGGAAACGGCGAUGACGGAGCGGACGGUGGUGAUGGUGGCCACGACGAGAACGNAUAAAAUUAUCAGAUAGUAUGAUGGACGAUUUCAGAACAUUCACAUCAGAUGUGUUCGAAAGUAGAACGGAACAUAUUAGCGACGGUCUGAUCAAGGAACAGACUGCGCUGAACGUUAAAUACACGUACUUAACACAUCGGGCGUUCAACCGGGCAACGAUAGCGUUAGACUUUCUGCGUGAGGCCCUACCGUUGUUCUGCUUUUCCAAAUACAAAACUGAUCCGGAAGCAUACAUGAAGCGUAAAAUACUUACGGCGGUCCCAAAUGUCGACGCACAAAAAGAGGGUGACGGAGGUGGAAACGGCGAUGACGGAGCGGACGGUGGUGAUGGUGGCCACGACGAGAACGAGGAAGGCGCACAACAGUCGGCUGUCAAGAAGUUAUUGUACGCUCUCAAUUGGCUACGGGCCGAAGUUUUACGGGUUGACUGCGAGGGCCAGCGGCUGUUUGAACAGCGUAACCGGCUGACCACCAGUUUGGCUGAUUAUAACGGACAACUAUCCACGGCACAGUGCCAGGCGGCUGGAGAUAUUGAUCGGCUCAAGAAUGAGCUUACGCUACUCAGAAAAAAAUCGUCGGACCAGGAGGCCAAUAUCGACCGGCUUAUGGAGGCCAUCCAAGUGUCCAUGCAGUCGCAGACGAAGUCCUCUGAUUGUUAG